UUUUCAAUCGUCUUUGUAUUUCACUAUGGCACGAAUCGCCAUAGCUCUCUUCCUCUUCAUUCUCCUCCUUUCGGCUGCCGUAGAGGCAGCUCCUAAGCCAAAGAAAGAAAAGCCCAAGAAAGUUAAAUGCAAAGACAAGAAGUAUCCAAAAUGUUACAAAUCUGACCUCUAUUGUCCAGACAAUUGCCCUCGAACUUGUGUCGUUGAUUGUUCAACUUGUCAACCCGUGUGUAUUCCGCCUCCGCCUCCACCGCCAUCCCCUCCUCCACCGCCACCGAAACCCCGCAAGCGCAAGUCUCCACCACCCCCAUAUAUUUACUCUUCACCUCCACCCCCGCCUCCCUACAUUUACUCUUCUCCCCCGCCUCCUCCAUUCAUAUACUCUUCGCCACCUCCUCCUCCACCAGCUACGGCUGAGCCUACACCACCGUUCCCUCCGGCUCUAACUCCCCCACCGCCGUCUCUUUCUCCACCACCGUCGUCUGAAGCGUCGGGGCAGAAGAGAGUUAGGUGCAAGAGUAGGAGCUUCCCACAUUGCUAUGGGAUGGAGCUAAGUUGUCCAAGUGAUUGCCCUAGCCAAUGUGAAGUUGACUGUGUUACUUGCAGCCCCGUUUGCAAUUGCGACCGUCCGGGAGCAGUGUGCCAAGACCCAAAAUUCAUUGGAGGGGAUGGAAUCACCUUCUACUUCCAUGGCAAAAAAGACCGAGACUUCUGCAUCGUCACUGACUCGAACCUCCACAUCAACGCCCGCUUCAUCGGCCGACGAAACCCCGACAUGAACCGGGACUUCACUUGGGUCCAAUCCCUCGGCAUCCUCUUCGACUCCCACAAGCUCUUCAUCGGCGCCCGCAAAACCGCAAUAUGGGACGACGCGGUCGACCGCCUGUCCCUCUCCCUCAACGAUGAAACCAUCCUCCUCCCCAACAAGGAUGCCUCAACAUGGAACUCAACAGGGAUCGCCAUAACCAGGACUCGGAACACGAACGCUGUCGAGAUCGAAGUCCCCGGGAAUUUCAAGAUCAAGGCGGUCGUGGUCCCGAUAACCGAAAAGGAAUCGAGGAUCCACAAGUAUGGGAUCACACAAGAGGAUUGCUUUGCCCAUUUGGAUUUGAGCUUCAAGUUCUAUGCUUUGAGUGGGGAUGUGAAUGGGGUUUUGGGGCAGACUUAUGCUACAAACUAUGUGAGUAGGGCAAAGAUGGGAGUGGCAAUGCCUGUUUUGGGUGGCGAUAAGGAAUUUGCUUCCUCAAGCCUUUUUGCUACCGAUUGUGCUGUGGCACAAUUUAGUGGAGAAGAAACUUCUUUGGAGGCUGUGGCCUAUGCCAAUAUGAAUUGUGGGAGCGAUUAUUUGGGAGCUCAAGGAGUUGUUUGCAAACGAUAACUUGUUUCAUCUCCAAUUGGUGGAUCCUUGGUUUGAGGAUAAAUAAAUUGUGUUUGUGAUAUUUUAUAUUUAUUCAUGAAAAUAUAUAUGUAUUUGGAAUAAAAUUGGGAAACUUGAAAUGGGGAAGGUUUCUUGAUUCUUUUUAUGAAAAAGAAGAAGUGAAAAGGGUUUGUUUCUAAUAUGGUUUUCCAUCCCGGUUCUUGUGGUUACUUGUAAGAGAAAUUGAUACUAAAGUUAAUUGUA